CCGGUACGGGGGGAAUUCUGAUGACGGAACACAAUCCGGUCUGGGCCUGGUGCGAAGAUGAAGAAAUUUUUCGAUGACUUGAAGCGGGAUUUAAAGUUUAAAAGUCUGGGGUCGGGGCAUGUCCUGACCGAGGAUACGAGGAAACCCACUGAAAUCAAACCCAAUGUUCAGGAGAAGUCUCGCAGACCGCCAGCCGAGGAAUCACAGAUGGCAGCAGCUGCGGCUUUAUCUAGACUGGAGGUUAAACAGCAUAAAGGAAGACCCACCUCUGGACUGAGCAGCUUAAAGAGUGAGGUAAAAAAUGAACUGAUGGCUGAAGCUGCAACCUCUGAAGUACAGACUAUAAAUAAUCAGGGUCCCAGCAGUGCCUUGAAGAAAGAUGGCACCAAUUUCUCUGUUGAUGCUGUGUACUUUAUUUGCCCUCUGACAAAUGCCUCAGUAUCUAAAAGUGGGAGAGAGUUGCAUAUUAAGGAGGCCAUUCUUAUGAAAUUUGCUGAUGAUCCGAUACGAGCCUCUAUAAUGAUGAUUCAUACAUUCAACAAGGACAGAGAAAAAAUAAAGAUGGCUUGUGAAACUCUCGGCAAAUACAUUGAUAACAUGUGCAAUAACCCCAGUGAAGAAAAGUACAGAAAGAUCAAGUUGCAGAACAAAGUCUUUCAGGAAAGAAUAUCUGAACUAGAAGGAACACAUGAAUUUUUACAGUCAAUUGGAUUUGAAAGAAAAACGUUGCAGGUACCUGGGCAAGAGAAUGAAGAGUUUUAUGUGUUCAAUGAGGAUUUUCUUGUUACAUACGAAGAACUCAGACAAUAUAAAGAUGAACUUUUAAAUGCUGAGCCAGUUAGAGCACAGCUGGAUCGACAGAUCAGAGUUUUUCAACCUUCACCCCAGGCAGCUAAAUUUGAAUUACCCAAUGACUUCUAUAAUCUGACAGCUGAAGAAAUUAAACGCGAACAACAGUUGAGAACAGAAGCUGUUGAAAAGACAUCCAUGCUAAGAACCAAAGCCAUGAGAGAGAGAGACGAGCAGCGGGAGCUGAAGAAAUAUAACUACACACUACUGCGUGUUAGGUUCCCGGAUGGAUACAUUUUGCAAGCAACAUUCUAUGCACGUGAGAAGGUUUCAGCUCUUCGGGAAUUUGUUCACAGUGUUCUUGAAAAUGACUGUGUUCCAUUUGAGCUGGUGGCUCCUGGAGGCCAGAAGUUAAAGGAUGAAUCUGUGAUGCUUAUUGAAGUUGGAUUGGUUCCUGCUGCUUUACUGACUUUAACAUGGGAUGCUGAUGUUCUAUUGGAUAUACAAGCUGCAGGUCAAAAUUUUACUGGCACAAUAAAACAAGAACUGCUGUCUAAUGUCCAAACACUUGUAUGAGUAAAAUAAAACUUGACUGCUCAGUUGAAUAUUAUAUGUAAAUUUAUUUUGUAAAUGAAACUGUAUCCACAGGAAUCAGAAAUUGGUUCUUUAAAUGCCAUUUGAUGGCUGUCUGUAUGUGUACCAUAUUAAUGUACCAUAAUCUGAAACAUUGACAUUUUCUGUUCCUACUCUGGUUUGGACAGUUUAAUGCUUUGAAAGAAUAAGAUGGGUGACACAGUUGUACUCUCAAUUAGAAAUGAGCAUUACAUUGAAGUCUAAUUUCCAUGAGAAAUUCUGAUCAGUUUAACUAAAAGAAUACCCAGGAGCAUUGUCUCAAAAUGUCAAGGAAGGUCUUGCAUUUAGGGAGAAAGGAGAGGAUUGUGAUUAAUUAAAUUAAUAUUGCUAAACUUUGAAUAGAAUUUUAUAUUCAUUGUACAUUAUUUACCGUUAAUGCUCUGAGUUUGGCUUUUUGGUAGCAGUGUAUUUUUUUCUGCCUCUAUACAUUGAUCUCCUUGGGGCUUAGAGGAUUUUUUUUUGUUAUACUGCCGUAGCCCUAUGGUGACAUCGUAGUUUGUUCUCUGCUGUUUUCACCAGGUAAAAAUCUGCCAUGAGUUAUCUAAAAUUACUUUGGUUAUGAAUCACUUUCAUCAAGAAAAAGAUAUUUCAUAAUUGUUUUUGGGAUCAAGCUGUGCACAAAUUGUCAUCUUUCCUACAAAAUAGUAACAACAUUACAAAAGUAACCCAAUCAAAGUACAAGAGGGUGUGAAGAUGUUGCAUAAUUGCAAAUACAGUAUUUUGUUCAUAAUGUAUGUUAUACCAGAAAAUGAAGUAAAAAUUUGAAAGUGUUGUUAUAGUUCUGUAUUAUUUAUAAAACUGCUGUAACUGAAUUUUAAAAUGCAAACACUCCACCAUUUCCAGCCUGAAAACACUAUCCCUAAAGUGAGCUUCCAACAGAGCCAUGUGCAAUAACUUGGCAUUUGUGUCUAAGUAAGGAUUAAUUGCAAGAUAACUUGUGCGUUUAGUUAAGCAGGUGCCCGUUCACCUUGAGCAGGUUUAAGUUCGUGGUCCAUUGCUCUUAGCUUAGUGCACAGUCAAAACAAUCAAGAUGCACAAGGCGUUAUUGGAGCUGCCAUUGUGCAGUAACUUGCUUCCAUGUGGAUCAUGAGAUACAGGGGAAGAAUUAGGCCAUUUGGUACAUCAAGUCUGCCCUGCCAUUUGAUCAUAGCUGAUUUAUUAUUUACUCUCAACCCAUUUUUUGUUUUGUCCCCAUAAACUUUGACACCUUUUAUAAAACAAGAACCUGUCCACCUCCACUUUAAAUAUACCCACUGACUUGACCUCCACAGCCAUCUAUGGAUUCGCCUUCCUCUGGCUGAAGAUGUUCUUCCUUAUCUGUUUUAAAGGGACAUGCUUUUACUAUCAUGCUGUGCUGUCCAUUUCUGGAAACAUCCUCUCCACAUCCACUCUAUUCCAGCCCUUAAAUAUUUGGUAGGCUUCAAUUAGAUCCCUUCUAAUGCCUCUAAACUCUAGUAAGUAUAGGUCCAUACGCAUAUGCCACUCAUACAUUAAUCUGUCCAUUCCUAACAUCAUUCUUGUAAACCUUCUGUGGACCCUCUCCAAAUCCAGCACACAUUUUUCAGAUAUGGUGCCCUAAACUGCUCACAAUACUCAAAAUGUGAUUAUGUAACUUGGCCACCACCUUAUAAAGCCUCAGUAUUGCAUUCUUGCUUUUAUAUUCUAAUCUUCUCAAAAUGAAUGCUAACAUUGCAUUUGUCUUUGUUUACUACCGAUCCAUCCCUUUGGUAUUCCCAAGUCCUGUUACACAUCUGAUUUAUGAAUUCUCUCCCCAUUUAGAAAAUAGUCUAUGCCUUUAUUCCUCCUACCAAAAUGCAGGACCAUACACUUCCCUACAUUGUAUUCUAUCUGCUACUUCUUUGGCCAUUCCUUUCUGUCCAAGUCCUUCCGCAGACCUCCUGCUUCCCAGCAGUAUCUACCCUUCCACUUAGCUUUACAUUGUUCACAAACCCAUCAAUUCCAUCAUUCAGAUGUAAUUUGGAAAGGAGAAUACCCAGCAUUGACCCACUUUAGCCUCAUGUGACUCCUUAUCAAAUGCUUCCUGAAAAUCUAUGUAAAUUAUAUCCACAUACUGUCCUUUGUUCAUCCUCUGUUGAAAUUCCUUGAGGAAGUAACACAUUUGUCAGGCAAAAUCUUCUCUUAAUGAAACCUUGCUGAUUUAAGUCUGUUUGAUCAUGUGCUCCCAAGUAGUCCAAAACCUUAUUCUUAAUAAUUCACUUUAAAAUUUUAGCAACCGCUGAAGUCAGAUGGACCAGCUUGUAACUUCCUGUACUUUGUCUCCCUCCCUUCUUAGAGUGGAGCAACAUGUGUGAUUUUCCAGUCCUCUGGAGCCACUCCACAAUCUAAUGAUUCUUGAAAGACUGCUGCUAACUCUUUCACAAUCUCUUAAGCUACCUUUCAGAAACUUGGGUACAGUCCACCCAGUCCAAGUGACAUCCACCUUUGAGCUUCCCAAGCUCAUUAUCUUUAGUAAUAGUGAACACUUGCUUCUGCCCCUGACUCUGAAUUUCUGGCAUGUUACUGCUGUCUUCUACAGUGCUGUUUCUUUGAUCCUGAAUCAUUUUCCAGUGUACAAAAUCCACUCUAUAUUAUUGGGGUGGGGGGAAGAUUUUUGGUAUUCUUUUAUAAGCAUACCAUCAUAUUUUUCCCCUAUAACUUUUUGAAUUACUUUCUGUUGGUUUUUAAAAGUUCCCCAAUCCUCUAGCUUCUAGUAACAUCAGAAUUUGAUUUUAAUACUGCAGAGGUAUAGCAAAUAAUUAUGUAUCUUUGUAAUUUGAGGGUGUUCUGUUUAAACUAUAAUAUGCACAGAAGGCAGAGCUUGUGUGUUAACUACUUUUCUCCACUGGGUUAGCUCUCCCAUUAAUAUCUAUUUAAAAAUAGUGAUUUCAAAACUAAUUGAAAUGCUAAUGAAUUUAUUUCAUGGCUGCCCUUUUAAUCAAUACAACUUGCAUAUUUUUAGUAUCAACAGCAAAAAUGUUUGUGUUCAAACGUUCAUUAGUCACACAGGGAAGUUUUGGGACUCCUGACCGUAAGUUUGGGUAAUGGGACAGAUAGUGGAUGUGGGGGGGGGGGUGAAAUUUCUAGAAGAGUUUUAAUGUUUUUGUAGCUCACCGGUGCUGGUGGUGAUAAAACUCUAGACAAGCAAGUGGUCAGAAUUGGUGUAGUUUUAGUUUCACUUACAGAAAUGAAACAUUGCUCUCAAAUGCAGCAUUGUUCAUUGACCUUAGUAUUACUUCCCUUCCCUCUCUGGUGUGCUGAUUCUUCCUGUGAUACAGUAAAGAGAUUAUGCAAGUAUUUUUUUUCAGAACUGGAAAACUGAUUGUGAGACCUUAGUUGGCAGAAUUUGACCAACUAUGGAAUAUUGCAGAUCACCUUGUUUCUGAUAGCUACUGCUUGUUAUUUUCUAUGGGAACUGACUGCUUCCUUGGCUGAGAUAGUGAGGCUGAAUGUUGUACUGUAGCCAACACUACUGACCCAGUUUCUUAUUUGCUGGAAUGUUGCAAAGCUGAAUAUUGUACUACCAGACUUAUUAUGAACAUGAUUAUGUACUAGUUACUUGGUCCUUAUAUUCUUAAACCAAUAAAUGGAACACUCACACGUCACAAACAGUUCAAAAGCAUUGACAUAUUACAAUUGGUUACUUAAAUAUCUUUUAAUAGUAACUGUUUGAAGACUGUCAAAGGGGGUUUCUUUGAAGAUCAUUUUGUUUUGUUUACCAUUAGUCAAUUGCUUGUUUUAAUUUAUCAGAAUAAUGUAUUUAUGAAUGAAGCAAUUAUUGUACACUAAAAUGAAGCUAUUAAACUUGCAUAUUUUGAUCUUGUG